AUGCCGCCAUGUCGAAGCAAGACCCCUCCACCUGAUCCCGUAGUCCCAUCCAGUUCUAGUAUGGAUCCCAGCUCCAGCGAGUGGUCCAACUGGUCUGGCCAUAACAACCAUGAUUCGGCAGAUAGCCUUUCUGCUGAUGUCAAGACAUAUGACCCCUGGGUUGCUAAUAAUGCAGAGGACAUUGAGGACGCCAUUGCAGAUAUAAAGGAGAAGUCUCAAAACGGCAGCCCAUUACCUUGGUUGAUGAACAAGGAGUUUGCAUUGAAGUUGACUCGUCAUCACGCGGUGCUUGAAGUGUCACCAAGUUUCAUGGGAGGCAGACUGCAUAAUUGCUUUGUAUCUACAGCUUGUCCUGACCUGUUCUGCGGUGAGAAUGGACCCACACCUGAUGGCUGCAUCAUGCUCCACCUGCACAAAAAAAACCAAAAGUGUCUCGUCCUGGAUGGCGACACUCGUGGUGAGAUCAUGACUAUCGCAAAGUGCAACAUGAAGAAGAAUACUGUUGAGAUUGCGAUUACUGCUAGGAUUAGCUUCACUUUGUGGUUCGAUCAGAUAUGCCUCAUGGAGGAAAGUAGAUUCUGA